GAUGGCUGGGAAGAGUCAGUCUCAAAGUAAGAAGCUGCAAGCUCCAGCUGUGAGCUCUGAGACACUGCUAAACAACUCAUACAUAGGAGCCAUCCCUGAACACUCUGACUCGGCCAGCUGACACAGCCUUAUUAAAACCCAGGGAUCUACAGCAGGACCUGUUCAUUCGGAACAUUUUGGAAUCAAGGGGGAUUUGACUCGGGGCAUUGUGAGUGGACUGUAAACAAACUAUAUUACCGAUUCCAGUAUCGAAAGAUCACAUCGCCAGCAUAGUCAUUAUAUUCGCCGACUGGAGCCCAGGCGCCCAUGCUGCUGCUAGCACCCACUGUAUCCAGCGAGACUGUCACAUUGGAACGUUUAGUAUCACUCUCGGGUAAACACAUCCACUCACAGCAACAAAGCUUCCAAGUUCCAAUUCAUUCACUGGCCCGUUUGAUAGACUUGUUCGGUGAUUCCCCCAAUAAUCAGGAUAAUUAAGGAUUUGUCGCCAGCAGAACCAGAACAACUUGAAAGGCAACGCCAAACUUUUAACAGUAUUACGUUUGUCACCACUACUACACCUGGGUCAUUAUUCCUUCUUGUUAUCUCAUCUCAAUAUACCUCCAAUCGAAAGGGUUAUACCUCCAUACCAUCACAUUAUACCUCCACUCUAACGCCAUCUACUAGUCCACGGUGAUAAACGUUGUUGUAGCAACCAGGACAUUAAGCAGUCUGUGGCUAUUUCUCCAGGAAGCCGAAAAAAACAUCUUCAGCAUCAAUGGGUUCUCUGAAAAUAUGGGAUAAUCUACAAGCCGGCAGCUCAGAUGUGGACUGGUGUGAAGAUAAUUACAAGAUUGUGCCCACUAUUGCAGAGUUCUACAACACGAUAAGCAACAUUUUGUUUUUUGUGUUGCCACCCAUAUGCAUGUGCCUAUUCCGUCAAUAUGCCACCUACUUCAACAGUGGAAUAUAUCUGAUCUGGACGCUGCUUGUUGUCGUUGGCAUCGGAUCUGUGUAUUUCCAUGCGACCCUCAGUUUCCUGGGGCAGAUGUUGGACGAGCUGGCCAUCCUGUGGGUCCUGAUGUCAGCGUUAGCCAUGUGGUUUCCCAAACGGCACUUACCAAGAGUAUUCCGACAUGACAGGUGGAGAUUUAAAGCUGCAGUCUGUGUACUCUCUGCAGUCACCACAGUAAUGGCAUUUGUGAAGCCUGCAAUCAACAACAUAUCGUUAAUGAUGCUUGGAAUUCCGUGCACCGUUCUUCUCGUUAGUGAGCUCAAAAGAUGUGACAAUAUGCGAGUGUACAAGCUAGGUUUGAUGUCUGGGUGCUGGUGGAUGUUGGCGUUAGUCUGUUGGAUCAGUGACAAGGCCUUCUGUGAAUUAUGGUCAUAUUUCAACUUCCCCUACCUCCACUGUGUUUGGCAUAUCCUAAUCUGCCUUGCUGCAUAUCUGGGAUGUGUAUGCUUUGCGUACUUUGAUGCUGCAUCUGAAAUCCCUGAACAGGGGCCCGUCAUCAGGUUCUGGCCUAGUGAGAAGUGGGCUUUCAUUGGGGUUCCUUAUGUCACCUUACUCUGUGCGCACAAGAAGUCUCCAUUGAAAAUGACAUGAAAACUGCAAAUAGCAUCACUUUUGUUUUGUUAUCAAUGAUAACGGAACUGGCAACUUGCACACGACUGCCCAGAUGCUCUCAGUUCUACCUUUCAUGGUGUGUGAUCUACCAGGCUUUUUGGAAUUACUUGUGGUGAAGCUCAAUUAAAGAGAUCUAUUUAUUUACAGGUUUUCUAUUUAUAUUGUUUCACAUAACUUGAUGCACGGAUGAACAAUCAUACUUUAUUAAAUUACUUGCCAGUAUUUAAAUGGGUUUAAAUGCUUGGAUAUAAUUAUACUUAUUUAUGGGUUUAACAGGAAACGUGGGAGGUUAUACCUAUUAGAGAUGUGGACACUGAGCCUACAUUUUAGUUUAUUUGAUUAAUAUUUUAUUAUUAUUAAUAAAAUAUGUUACCAGGAAGCAUACAUUGAGAUUUCUCUCGUUUUCAAGUAUGUCACGGGCUUGCUGACUUUUGGUGGUUGAAGAUAUGUCAGUUGCUUAUAUGACCAGGUGAAGUCACCAUUUAUUGUGACACUUUCUUAAAUUCUUCUGCUUUUUCUAAAGUACAACUUCUUUUCAUAAUGAAGACUUUCUAUGCAGUCUAUAAAUGCAGAAGCAAUCAAAAU